AUGGCCCCUGCCGCCCCCAAAGUUCUUGUUCCUGAAUCUAUCCUAAAGAAGCGCCGUACACUUCAGCAAGUAAAGGCAAAACGUGCUGCUAAGGCUGUUGCUGAACGUGUUCAUCGCAAGAAAGUCCGUCAGAUCGCAUUUAAGAGCGCCGAGAAGUAUGUCAAGGAAUAUCGUCAGCUUGAAAAGCAAAGCGUAAUCUUGCGUCGUCAGGCGAAAGCUACCGGCAACUUUUACGUCCCCGCUGAGGCUAAAAUUGCUUUUGUCAUCCGAAUUCGUGGUAUUAUUGGUGUGUCCCCCAAGGUCCGCAAGAUCUUGCAGCUUUUGCGUCUUCGCCAGAUUCAAAAUGGCGUGUUCGUGAAACUGAACAAAGCUACCAUCAACAUGCUUCGGCUGGUUGAGCCCUUUGUGACCUACGGUUAUCCAAACCUUAAGGUGACCCGUGAGCUCAUUUACAAGCGUGGGUUUGGCAAGGUCCGCGGCCAGCGAAUUCCUCUGACGAAUAACGCUGUAAUUGAGCAAUGUCUGGGCCAUGUCGGCAUAAUUUGUAUUGAGGACCUGAUCCACGAGAUUUUCACUGUUGGUGAGCACUUUAAGCAGGCGGCUAACUUCUUGUGGCCUUUCCAGUUAUCGUCACCAAAUGGUGGAUACACCAAGAAGCUGCUCCACUUCGCUGAAGGCGGUGACGCUGGAAAUCGUGGUGCUGAGAUUCACAAGUUCAUCAAGCAAUGUCUAUAA